AUGGUCACCUAUCUGCACCAGAAAAAGGUCUUCGGCGUGCUGCUCAACCGGAAGCACACGGUGGUCCGGCAGCUGGACAUCUACGACCAGGUGGGACGGGGCUCCGCCCACGACGAGAUCGUGUACUUCAAGAUCAACAACGGCCGGCUGAACUACGAGGGCGAGGUUUCCGACGUACGAAAUGGUCGCCUGCGGCUGGACUUCAUCAAAGGUGCUCUGGAUAAUCCCAAGAUCAAUGCCUUUGCUUUGCUGAAGGGCGACGUCUCCCAAAUGCCGCGUCUGCACGGCACCGAGGCGAAGACAGUGGCGAGCACUGUGAUAACUCGCAAUCGCAACCGACGGACUCUAAGAAAUCUUACAGUGGACCCCGUCAGCCAAAUCCGUACUCCAUGGACGACUCUUCCAUACUGCUGCUAUGGCCUGGGCAGGCGCUUUGCACGUUUAAACCGCAUGCUCGACAGCAGCUUUUUGGGGGACCACAAGGAAUGCGCUUCUUCCAAGCCGCUCAAGGUGAACGCGGUGAAGACCAUCAGCAUGAAACCUCUGGCGAUGCCCACGGCGCUGCACGCGAGUCUAACCAAGCUUAACAGCGAGACACUGCCUAGCGAAUCGACAGCCAAGAACAAGGGACUUCUGCUCAAGGCCAUGGCCGACAGCCACGAGUCGCUUGGCAAGUGUGUGCUGCUGCUAUCCAAGUGGGAUUUGCCGCUGUUCUCACUUGACCCUGCCUCCUUUGGCGUGGCGGUGCUCUUCAUUAUGGUGUCCUGCCUGCUGCAUCUGGUGGCCACCGCCUAUUUCCUGUUUCUGGAGCUGCUCAGUAAGCGGGACAACGGCUACCUGUGGGUGCAGAUGCUCUGGAUAUGCUUUCACUUUCUCCGCCUGCUCAUGGUGGUGGAGCCGUGCCAUCUGGCUGCCCGCGAGUCGCGCAAGACCAUACAGAUUGUGUGCGAGAUCGAGAGGAAAGUGCAUGAGCCCAUACUGGCCGAGGCGGUGAAGAAGUUCUGGCAGCAGUUGUUGGUGGUAGAUGCCGACUUCUCCGCCUGCGGCCUGUGCCGCGUCAAUCGCACCAUACUGACCUCGUUCGCCUCGGCCAUAGCCACCUACCUGGUCAUACUCAUUCAGUUCCAAAGGACCAACGGCUGAGAUGAAUAUAAAAAGUGGUUUCAUUUAUUAACACUAUUCACUAAACGGAGUUUCUGGAUAUUAAUGAUCUGGUUAAGAGUCUGUUCGUGUGCUUCAGUUUAAAUUUAGCAAACAAUAAAAAGCAAAACGUUGCGUUCCCCAUUCUGUA